CAUUUAUUCCACUUGGAAUAUUCAGUCAGAACAGUUGUGUUAGCUGUUGUUAUCGCUUCUUAAUAUUCAACUCAACAAGUGGAAAUUAAUAAUGGCUUGCACUAAAUUCUUGACACUCAACAAUGGAGAGAAAAUGCCUGUCAUCGGCAUUGGCACUUGGCAGGCGCCCGAUGAUGAAAUCGAACCCGCAUUGGAUCUUGCCCUGGCAGCGGGCUAUAGACACAUCGACACAGCACUAAUCUAUCGCAAUGAGAAGGCAAUUGGACGCGUGCUCAAGCGCUGGCUGGAUGCGGGCAAAGUAAAGCGGGAGGAGCUGUAUAUUGUAACCAAAUUGCCACCCACUGCUAAUCGGCCGCAUGAUGUGGAGCCAACCUUUAAGCAGUCGCUGGCCAAUUUGCAGCUGGACUAUGUGGACAUGUAUCUGGUGCACACACCCUUUGCCUUACUCGGCAAUGCGGAUGGCAGCUUUCAGUUUGACGACGAGGGUCGCGUCAAGGUGGACAAAUCGACCAAUCAUGCCGCCGUCUGGGCGGAAAUGGAGAAACUGGUCGCAAGUGGUUUGACCAAAUCGAUUGGCGUCUCGAACUUUAGCAAGGAGCAGUUAGCACGUCUUCUGCAGAACUGCAAAAUACGUCCGGCCAACAAUCAGAUCGAGUAUCAUGUCUAUCUGCAGCAACGUGAUCUCGUUGACUUUUGCAAGGCGGAGAACGUGGUCGUUACCGCUUACUCGCCGCUCGGCUCCAAGGGCAUGGCCAAGCUCAAUGCUUCCGCCGGUAUCGUGCGCGAAUUACCGGAUCUGAUGGACAUAGCCGAGGUCAAGGAGAUUGCCGCCGCGCACAAGAAGACACCCGCCCAGGUGCUGCUGCGCUGGAUCAUCGACACGGGCGUCGUGGCCAUACCGAAGAGCACAAACGAGGCGCGUCUCAAGCAAAAUUUGGAUGUGUUUGACUUCCAGCUGAGCGCGGAGGAGGUGGCCAGGCUGUCGGCCUUGGACAAGAACAUACGCGUUUGUGAUUUUGCCGCUAUACGCGGUGUGGAGCAGCAUCCGGAGUUCACCUUCAAGAAUCAAUUCACCAAUUGAAAGAAAAAACAAACAUUUAUAUUAAAACAUAAAAAGUGCCGUUAUUUUGCAUACAAAUAAAACCCAAGUUUUUACCUGCUUUUUAUCAAGUCCAACGCCUGCAA